CCAUGUGUAAGCUCAAUGACUAAGUCUAGCCUGGAAUCCCCACAGAGGUUCUCGCCAGGUGACCGGCCCUUCCUUUUCCCCCCCUCCUCCUAGGUCUGGAUGGAGGAUACCUUAAAGUGAAAUGACAGACCAGGACAAUAACAACAACAUCUCGAGUAACCCCUUUGCUGCUCUUUUUGGCUCCCUGGCUGAUGCCAAGCAGUUCGCAGCAAUCCAAAAAGAGCAGCUGAAGCAGCAGUCCGAUGAGCUCCCAGCAAGUCCAGAUGACUCGGACAACAGUGUGUCAGAGAGCCUGGACGAAUUUGACUACUCAGUGUCUGAGAUCAGCCGCUCCUUCCGGUCACAGCAAGAAAUAUGUGAACAACUCAACAUCAAUCACAUGAUCCAAAGGAUCUUCCUCAUUACUCUAGACAACAGUGACCCAAGCUUGAGAAGCGGGAAUGGCAUCCCCAGCCGGUGUGUGUAUUUGGAGGAAAUGGCAGUGGAGCUGGAGGAUCAAGACUGGCUUGACAUGAGCAACGUUGAGCAGGCCAUCUUUGCUCGGUUACUGCUUCAAGAUCCAGGAAACCACUUGAUCAGCAUGACUUCCUCCACAACAUUAAAUCUCUCUGCUGACCGAGAUGCAGGAGAGAAGCACAUCUUUUGUUACCUUUACUCCUGUUUCCAAAGAGCCAAGGAAGAGAUUACCAAAGUUCCAGAAAACCUGCUCCCCUUUGCAGUGCAGUGCAGGAACCUCACUGUGUCCAACGCUCGGACAGUUCUCCUCACCCCAGAGAUCUAUGUUGAUCAAAACAUCCAUGAGCAGCUGGUAGAUUUGAUGUUGGGAGCCAUUCAGGGAGCCCAUUUUGAAGAUGUGACUGAGUUUUUAGAAGAGGUCAUUGAAGCCUUGCUGUUGGACGAGGAAGUUCGAACAUUUCCUGAAGUCAUGAUUCCAGUGUUUGACAUUUUACUAGGCCGAAUAAAAGAUGUAGAGCUCUGCCAGAUGCUGCUGUAUGCGUAUCUGGAUAUUCUUCUCUAUUUCACUAGGCAAAAGGAUAUGGCCAAGGUCUUCUUAGAAUACAUUCAGCCCAAGGACCCCAGCAAUGGCCAGGCGUAUCAGAAGACCUUGCUGGGAGUCAUUCUGAGUAUCUCCUGCUUGUUGAAGACUCCGGGUGUGGUAGAAAAUCAUGGCUACUUCCUGAAUCCAUCUCGUUCCAGUCCUCAGGAGAUCAAAGUGCAGGAGGCCAACAUCCAUCAGUUCAUGGCUCAGUUCCAUGAAAAGAUCUACCAGAUGCUGAAGAACUUGCUCCAGCUCUCUCCAGAAACCAAGCAUGGUAUCAUGUUCUGGCUUGGAAACUGUCUGCAUGCAAAUGCAGGCCGCACCAAAAUUUGGGCCAAUCAGAUGCCCGGAAUCUUCUUCCAAAUGUAUGCCUCGGAUGCCUUCUUUCUGAAUCUGGGUGCUGCUCUCCUGAAGCUGUGCCAGCCCUUCUGCAAACCCAGAUCCUCUCGGCUCCUCACCUUCAACCCCACCUACUGUGUCCUCAAGGAGUUGAAUGAUGAAGAACGAAAAAUUAAAAAUGUACACAUGAGAGGUUUGGACAAGGAGACCUGUUUGAUCCCAGCUGUGCAGGAGCCAAUGUUCCCCCAGAGCUACAACCUUGUGACAGAGAACCUGGCCCUGACAGAGUAUACCUUGUUCUUGGGAUUUCACAGGUUGCAUGAUCAGAUGGUAAAAAUCAACCAAAAUCUGCAUCGGCUGCAGGUUGCCUGGCGAGAUGCUCAGCAGAGUUCUAGCCCUGCUGCUGACAAUCUUCGUGAGCAGUUUGAACGUCUGAUGACCAUCUAUCUUUCCACCAAGACUGCCAUGACUGAACCCCAGAUGCUGCAAAACUGCCUGAAUUUGCAGGUGUCCAUGGCUGUUCUGCUGGUUCAACUGGCCAUCGGCAAUGAGGGCUCACAGCCAAUAGAGCUAAGUUUUCCUUUGUCAGAUGACUACAGCUCUUUGGCUUAUGUACCAGAAUUUUUUGCAGAUAACCUGGGUGAUUUCCUCAUCUUUCUGCGGCGCUUUGCUGAGGACACCUUGGAGACAUCAGCAGACUCCCUGGAGCAUGUCCUUCACUUCAUCACCAUUUUCACUGGGAGCAUAGAAAGAAUGAAGAAUCCCCACCUGAGGGCCAAACUAGCAGAGGUAUUGGAAGCAGUGAUGCCUCACCUGGACCCAGCCCCAAGCCCCUUGGUGUCCAGUGUGUUCCACCGGAAACGUGUGUUCUGCAACUUUCCACAUGCUCCCCAACUUUCAGAAGCCUUAAUCAAGGUUUUUGUGGACAUUGAAUUUACAGGGGACCCCCAUCAAUUUGAACAGAAGUUUAAUUACCGCCGCCCUAUGUAUCCCAUCCUAAGAUACAUGUGGGGGACAGAGAGCUAUCGAGAAAGCAUUAAGGAUUUGGCUGACUAUGCCUCUAAGAAUUUAGAAGCUAUGAAUCCCCCGCUGUUCCUCCGAUUUCUUAACCUGUUAAUGAAUGAUGCUAUCUUCCUUUUGGAUGAAGCCAUACAGUAUUUGAGCAAGAUAAAGAUUCAACAGAUCGAGAAAGACCGAGGAGAAUGGGAGAGUCUGACACCAGAAGCUCGCCGAGAAAAAGAGGCAGGUCUGCAGAUGUUUGGGCAGCUGGCACGUUUCCAUAACAUUAUGUCCAAUGAAACAAUUGGUACCCUCUCCUUCCUGACAUCAGAGAUCAAGUCACUGUUUGUGCACCCCUUCCUGGCAGAGCGCAUCAUCUCCAUGCUGAACUACUUCCUGCAGCACCUGGUUGGCCCCAAGAUGGGCGCUCUCAAAGUCAAGGACUUCAGCGAAUUUGACUUCAAACCUCAGCAGCUUGUGUCAGACAUCUGCACUAUCUACUUAAAUCUCGGGGAUGAAGAGAAUUUCUGUGCCACUGUGCCCAAGGAUGGACGUUCCUAUUCCCCUACUCUCUUUGCACAGACAGUCCGAGUCCUGAAGAAAAUCAAUAAGCCGGGGAAUAUGAUCGUGGCUUUCAGUAACUUAGCAGAGAGAAUCAAGUCUCUUGCAGACCUCCAGCAACAGGAAGAGGAGACUUACGCAGAUGCCUGUGACGAGUUCCUGGAUCCCAUCAUGAGCACACUGAUGUCUGACCCUGUGGUGCUCCCAUCUUCCAGAGUCACUGUGGACAGGUCCACCAUUGCCAGGCAUUUGCUCAGUGACCAAACAGACCCUUUUAACCGUAGUCCCCUUACCAUGGACCAGAUCCGGCCAAACACAGAACUGAAAGAAAAAAUACAACGGUGGCUGGCAGAGAGGAAGCAACAAAAGGAGCAACUUGAAUAAACACUGUGAACAAAACAACCCAAGCCAGCCCAGAGUGUAAACU